UACCUCCAGUUCCCUCAUCCUGGGAGGGAGCUUGGAUUUCUAUCCUGACUCUCCCUAGGCGGGGCUGUAGCGCGGGCCAGGCUUCCACCUGCCGAAGCCACGUGGCACAAGGAGUGGUUUAGGGCUGCCCAUGGAUCUCUCCCUUAUGGCCUCCAGCGCUUUCAUGUGCCAGGCUGAGGGGCGGGGGCGUUAUGGGUUGCGCACCCGUCUCCACACACACCGUGUUAGAGUCGUGAUGGAGGAGUCCCGGUGGUGGGAGGAUGUCUGUUGGAGGGCAAGAAGCAGCUUGAGGACUGGCCCUGAGCGCUGAGGUGAGCUGACAGAGGGGGUGAAAGGCGUUUUGGGAUGACCAGGUUUUGCUAAGCUACGUUGGAGCAGGCGGUGCGCCCUCUGCAGUCCCGAAGGAAGCAAAAAUGGGCUUGCACUUCCAGGCAAGGAAGAACGAGAGGGAUUCUGGGUGAGUUGGGAGGUGCUACCUCCCACUCCUUCCCAGUGCGGAGGACUCGAAGAAGAGUUAUCAUGUAUGUGCCAGGUCCUAUUCUAGGCUAGGAGACGUAGCAGGGGACAAAAUCUGCCCUCACGGAAAUUACAUCCUUUCUAGUGAAAUGCUUUUCAUACAGGAUUUCAUUUCAUUCUCACAACCCUAGAAAUUGGUUAUUUUAAGGGAUACAUUGGUUAUUUUAAGCAAUGAGUCGGGACUUGAACUUAGUUCUUUCUGACUCUUGAGAAAGUGCUUUUAAACACUAUUGUAUUGUCCAGGUAGGAGGAACGGAGUAGUUUAUGUUUGAGAUGUAAACUCAGAAGUUUUAAGAGCUGAUAAAGUGUGGGCAUGGAUUAUACACCUGGAGGUUUGCAGAUGUGUGUGGCUCUUACCUACCUCAUUGGGUUCUUGUGAGGAUUAUUAUAUGUCAAGUACUUAGAACAUUGCCUGGCACAUAGGAAGUGCUGUAUAGGGCUAAGCUAUUAUUAAUACUUUCAUCUAGGUUUUUGGGCUUUGCCCCUCUUCCUACCAGCAGGCUCUCUAGCUUAAUUAAGAUCAUUGGAAUGAAGGCAGAUUUUCCCUGAAUGGUCCUUAGCUAUUUAUGCAUUCAACUAAAGUAAUUUUUAAACAUCUGCUACCUGCAUACCUGCUUCAGAUCCUUGGAGAGAAAAUGCAGUUCAGAACCUUGACUAAGGAGGUACAAGAUGAAUGGUUAAUUCAGAGCAUGCACUUCUACAGUCUACCCAUCUCUAGCCUGUUGGUUAUUUUGUGAAAAAGGCAAGGCAGCCUUCUCUUUCUAAGUUGUCCAGUGUCUAAGGUUGUGGUUGCCUUGGAGUCACAUGAGUGUAUAGAGGCAUAUGCCUGGACCUACUCCUUUAAUAGUCUCAUUCUCCAACUUUCUUUAGGCAGCCUUGACACCAGCCUUCACCCAUCAGCAGUCUUUGGGUCUGACUUGCUUGAGUCUUUGGCUGCCUUGAUCUUCCUCUGAUUUUUGUGUGUGAGCAAGAUGGAGACUGACCUGUCUGGCUUUGACAUCGAUGCCCCCCGUUGGGACCAGUGCACUUUCCUGGGGCGGGUGAAGCACUUCUUCAAUAUCACAGACCCCCGCACUGUCCUGCUACCAGAGCGGGAGCUGGACUGGGCCAAGGUGAUGGUGGAGAAGAGCAGGAUGGGAGUCGUGCCCCCAGGCACUCAAGUGGAACAGCUGCUGUAUGCCAAGAAGCUCUAUGACUCGGCCUUCCACCCUGACACCGGGGAGAAGAUGAACGUCAUUGGGCGGAUGUCCUUCCAGGUCCCUGGUGGCAUGAUCAUCACAGGCUUCAUGCUCCAGUUCUACAGGACGAUGCCGGCGGUGAUCUUCUGGCAGUGGGUGAACCAGUCCUUCAAUGCCUUAGUCAACUAUACCAACAGGAAUGCAGCUUCCCCCACGUCAGUCAGGCAGAUGGCCAUUUCCUACAUCACAGCUACAACCACUGCGGUGGCCACUGCUGUGGGCAUGAACAUGUUGACAAAGAGAGCUCCACCCCUGGUGGGCCGCUGGGUGCCCUUUGCUGCUGUGGCUGCAGCUAACUGUGUCAACAUCCCAAUGAUGCGACAGCAGGAACUCAUCGAGGGCAUCUGCGUGAAGGACAAGAAUGACAAUGAGAUUGGUCAGUCCCGGAGAGCUGCAGCCAUAGGCAUCACCCAAGUGGUUAUUUCUCGGAUCACCAUGGCAGCCCCUGGCAUGAUCUUGCUGCCAGUCAUCAUGGAAAGGCUGGAGAAACUGCGUUUCAUGAAGAAAGUCAAGGUUCUGCAUGCCCCAUUGCAGGUUUUGCUGUCUGGGUGCUUCCUCAUCUUCAUGGUGCCAGUGGCCUGUGGGCUCUUCCCUCAGAAAUGUGAAUUGCCAGUUUCCUAUCUGGAACCGGAGCUCCAAGACACCAUCAGGGCCAAGUAUGGAGAACUCGUGCCUUCUGUCUACUUCAAUAAGGGUCUCUAAAUGCCCCACUCCAGCAAGGACCAGUCUAUACCCAUAUUCACCAGCUCUUCCUUAGCUGUUGUGUAUACCUGUGCCCUCACUCCCCUUUGCCAACAGGGCCUGAAGGCCAAUGUGGGUUGGGGGGUGGUGGGUGAGGGGGAGGAUGCCUCAUGCUUCCACCAGGCACCUGGUUUACUGAACUCCAGGGGAUAAAGGUGAACAAGGGGAGCAAAGACCAAAUCUAUCUGCUCCCCCUUCACCCCCAUCCCCUGGAGACCAGGAGCUGAGACCCCCUUCGGGGAGAAGUUGCUGGGACCUGGGGGAGACACUCAAGCAAACCAUUUGGAGAAAUUAGGAAGCCUUUGGGAUUCUGGUUCCAGCCAGGAUUGGGGAAGAGCCCCUGGGACAAAGAGACGUUCCUACUCCUCUUUCCUCUUCACUCCUCCUCCUCUUCUCACGCUGUGCAACCUCCUACCCAUGCAAUUCUAACUAACUCAGGAAGGGGGAGGGAAGAGGUCUGUGUCACCUUGGGGCUCUUCACUCUUCCCCAUUCUUCUCCCCAAUACCCCCUAGUCGGAAAGCUUCUUUGGGAGUGCUGCUGAACGUGAGUUUCUCAGGCACCCAGGAGUUCUUCAUGCUGAAAAAGGUCACUGUGUGAGGCAGCAGAGUUUCAGGUGCUUCAAACCCUGUUUGUUGACACUGAUUUUGUUCUCCUGCCCUAAAAUCAUGUCUGACUUUACUUCUUUGUGUUUAAAAGAUAAAUCCAUUAACUGUGAGUAUAAAGGAUGUAUGUAGGCAUUAACUACACAUUUUAAUGGGUAUGAUUUCCUGGCUGCCUCCCUUCCUCAGCCCAUUGGGUUAAACACCAAAGAAAGACUGGUAUGUACUGAAUAGGAAAGGGAAGUUUUAUUUGGACACUGCUAAGAAGAAAUCAACCAAGACCAAAGAGCCUUAAAGGGCACACAGCAAAGCACAGCCACUUGUCCUUCCCAGCUUGGCUGCUGUAGGCGAUUUCUCAAGCUCUGGGGUCAGGGGCUGUUGUGGCUUACCUGGGAUCAAUGUCUGUAUGAGUUUUGUCUAGUAGAAUUUACUGACUGUUCAAAAGACAUCACUGUGAAUUGAAUAAAUUUCUUGAAAGAACACAAUGAACUCAGGAUCUGGUCUGACUGGCCUUGGUAUGGAGGUGGGUAUCACAACUAUAAGGGGAACCUGUCUGAUGCCCGGAGGCCAUUGUUCAUUUCCCUUAUUAUGGAAGAGAAAUCCGCCUGUCUUUGCUGGAAGGUCCAGAGGACUACCAGCAUAGCAGCUGUAUUGCUCCAGAGCAGGAAUUGGUAAACAAUGGCCUAAGGGCCCAAAUCCCCUGCUACCUGUUUUUGUGUGCCUGGGAACUAAGAAUGGUUUUUACAUUUUUAAAGAAAAAAAUGAAAAAAGUAAAAAAGCAAAAUACGUAACAGAAGAAUAUGUAUCAGAGACCCUAUGUAUGUGGCAUGCAAAGCCUAAAAUAUUUACUCUGGCCUUUUACACAAAAAGUUUCCCCUGGAGUAACGGUUCUUAAGAACAUACAUCAGGAUCACCUGGGGUUUGUUAAAACACAGAUUGUCGGGGCUCGCCCAGUGGCGUAGUGGUUCACACGCUCUGCUUUGGCAGCCCUGGGUUCAUGGAUUCGGAUCCCAGGUGCAGCCCUAGGCACCGCUUAUCAAGCCAUGCUGUGGCAGGCAUCCCACGUAUAAAAAGUAGAGGAAGAUGGGCAUGGAUGUUAGCUCAGGGCCA